AACUCAGCUUCAAAAGGAAGAUUCGAUGGAAUAAAACGAAAUUAUAAUGUGGAAGAUGUGUUGAAAUUAAGAGGAACAAUCCAAAUCGAAUAUACUCUUGCAUGCAGAGGUGCCAACAAAUUAUGGCACUUACUUCAAAGAGAGCCGUAUAUUGCAGCAUUGGGGGCACUAACAGGCAAUCAAGCGGUACAAAUGGUUCGAGCUGGCCUCAAGGCUAUUUAUCUAUCAGGAUGGCAAGUUGCGGCGGAUGCUAAUACAUCAGGCGAUAUGUAUCCUGACCAAUCACUUUAUCCAGCCAAUUCUGGGCCUGAGCUAUGCCGAAGAAUAAAUAAAUCUUUACGUAGAGCGGACCAAAUAGAAGCAGUUGAAGCAAAGGAUUAUUGUUCACCACAUGAUUGGUAUGCACCUAUUGUAGCAGACGCUGAAGCAGGAUUUGGUGGUUCUCUUAACUGUUUCGAAAUUAUGAAAGCAUAUAUUGAAGCAGGUGCUGCAGGAGUUCAUUUCGAAGAUCAAUUAGGAAGUGAAAAAAAGUGUGGACAUAUGGGUGGUAAAAUAUUAAUACCUACAGGCGAGCAUAUACGCCAUUUGAAUGCUGCACGUCUUGCAGCUGAUGUUUGUGGUGUGUCAACGAUCAUUAUUGCUCGCACUGAUGCUGAAAGCUCGAGGCUUAUUACAAGUGAUAAUGAUGAAAGAGAUCAUGGUUUUAUUGACCGCAAAGCUGGAAGAACAUCAGAAGGAUUCUACAGAUUAAAAAAUGAUGCACCAGUGCAAUACUGCAUCGAAAGGGCCAAGCACUAUGCACCAUAUAGUGAUUUGAUUUGGAUGGAAACUUCCUAUCCAAAGCUAAGUGAUGCGAAAGAAUUCGUUGAAGGUGUCCGUAAGGAAUAUCCAGACAAAUUAUUCGCAUACAAUUGUUCACCAUCUUUCAAUUGGAGAAAACAUUUGCGUCAAAACGAUUUAGAAAAAUUUCAAAAAGAACUUGGUGCAAUGGGAUUCAAAUUUCAAUUCGUUACUCUAGCUGGUUUUCAUUGCAAUAGCUAUAGCACUUAUGAUUUGGCUAGAAAAUAUCGAAAACAUGGAAUGAUAGCCUAUUCUGAACUUCAAGAAUUGGAAUUCAAAGCUGAAAAAUACGGAUAUUCUGCAGUAAAACAUCAACAUGAAGUUGGGACAGGUUAUUUCGACUAUGUUGCAAAUACAGUAGCUGGUGGAAAAGCUUCGACUGUUGCACUUUCUGGAUCGACCGAAGAAGCACAAUUCUAUGAAAAACGAAAUAAUUCAUCCUCUUCAACAAACAUCUUCCAGGUAGCUCCAGUUAUGCAUGAUCAUGAGAAAAUUAUUACACCCGAUGCUAUACGCUAUAUCAGAGAAUUACAUGAAAAAUUUAAUGGAAGACGCUUACAACUUCUUGCUGAAAGAGAAAUAUUACAAGCAGCAAUUGAUAGAGGAGAUUAUUACCCCGAUUUUGAUAAAGCUACUAAAGCUUUAAGAAAUGAUACAAAAUGGAAAGGAUCCAAAAUUCCUGAUGACAUGAUGGAUCGGCGUGUUGAAAUCACCGGUCCAACUGAUAGAAAAAUGAUCGUUGAUGCUUUAAAUAGUGGUGCGAAGGUGUUUGUGGCAGAUUUCGAGGAUUCAAACGUACCUUCUUGGAGAAAUCAGUUAGAUGGACAAGUUAAUUUAUAUGACGCAGUGAGGGAAAAUAUUUCUUUCACUGAUCUGAUAUCUAAAAAACAGCACUUCUUGAAAAAAAAACACGCAGUAAUAAACGUUCGUCCACGCGGAUGGCACCUGCCAGAAAAACAUGUUCUUAUCAAUGGCGAGCCAAUAAGCGGAUCAUUAUUCGAUUUCGGGCUCUAUCUAUAUCAUAAUGCCAAAAUUUUAUUACAAAAAGGUUCGGGUCCCUAUUUUUAUCUUCCAAAACUCCAAAAUGCUGCUGAAGCUAAACUAUGGGCUGAUGUUUUUGAAUUCUCUGAGAAACGCCUUGGUUUGCAAAAUGGAUUCAUUAAAUGCACCGCACAUAUCGAACAUCUUCUUGCAACAUUCCAGAUGGAUGAAAUUAUAUAUAAUUUAUCAAAAAAUAUUAUCGGUCUUAAUUGUGGUCGAUGGGAUUAUAUUUUCUCAUUUAUUAAAGUGUUUCGAAAUCACAGCAAUUUUUUAUUGCCAGAUCGUUUUCAAAUUGGUAUGACUUCGCCAUUCUUGCGAAAUUACGCAUUAUUAUGCAUUAAAAGCUCUCAUCUACGAAAUAUUGCCGCAUUGGGUGGAAUGGCCGCACAAAUUCCUAUAAAAAAUAAUGCUUUUGCUAAAGAACAAGCUUUAAAAGUUAUACGCCAAGAUAAAGAGCGAGAAGCCAAUGAUGGACAUGAUGGUACUUGGGUGGCCCAUCCAGAUUUGGUGCCUGUUGCUCAAGAAGUUUUCGAUUCAGUCAUGCUUGGAAAAAAUCAAAUUUGUAAACAACUACCAUCGUUCAAUGUUACUAAUGUUGAGCUUACUGCUGUACCCGAUGGAAAAAGAACAGAAAAGGGAUUGCGCUAUAAUAUUUCUAUAACAUUGGAUUAUUUGGAAUCAUGGUUGAGAGGGACUGGCUGUGUACCCCUUUAUAAUAUAAUGGAAGAUGCUGCUACUGCAGAAAUCUCACGUGCACAGAUAUGGCAAUGGCUUCAUCAUGAGGCUAAAUUUGAAGAUGGUCGGAGAAUUGAUUUCGCUCUCGUAAAACAAGUAAUAGAAGAAGAAACCGAAAGGAAAUUAACCCAUGCAAAUCCCGCAAUUAAUCGUUUCCUGGAGGCAGCGGAACUGCUUGGCGAAUUCUGCACAGAGCCAAUCUUAUCAGAUUUCUUAACACUUAAAGCAUAUGACCGAAUUAUAUCGUAG